AUGAGAACCUCUGUGUUCAAAGCAGACAGUGAAUUAAGCCCUGGCCCUCUGAAACGGCAUUAUAGUACUGAUGAAGUUGAUCAAAUAAAUAGCAAACACGACGAGAAAAAGAUCUCGUUACAUGGCUGUUUUCAAUCAGAUAAUUUACAGCUCAUUCAACUACACGAUCAUCUCGUUCCAAAUGCAGAUUUAGACCAGCAGACAAAUACUCAAAUACAAAAACGAAAUGCUCAGAAUUCGGAGCUGUUCUCACAUAAAUUAUUGAAAGUUUCUCAAUGGUUCCUUGAAUUAACGGAUGAUCAACGAAAUAUUUUAUUAAGGGAAUUGUCGGAUUUAUGUAAUUCAUCUCAAUGGCAUUUGCUGUCCACAAUGGCGUCUUCCAAUUGGCACAGAGAUUGUCCUGACAAUUGUUGUGAUUUACUGACAAACCUACCAUUUACAAUAUCAUUGUAUAUAUUAUCAUUUUUAGAUCCAGUUUCGUUAGCGCGUUCAUCAUGUGUCAGUCGGUUAUGGUAUAGUCUGUGUUCACAAUCAGAAUUAUGGAAAAAAUUUUGUCGUUUGAAGAAAUGGCAUUUAUCAUCCACUCAGUUUGAUCAGCAACAAAUAGAGAAAUAUCGACUUGACAGUGGUUGUUUCGAAUGGAAGAGAAUUUUUAUCGAACGCUAUCGAUUACGAUCGAAUUGGUUGAAAAGUCGUUGUAGUGUACAAACAUUUAUUGGUCAUGUUGAAGGAAUCUCGUGUGUACAGUUUGAUGAGAAAAGAAUUAUAAGUGGAUGUACUGGUGGAUCAAUCAAAGUGUGGGAUAUAAACACAACUACUGAAAUAAUGACAUUGGUCGGACAUUCAAAAGCCGUUCGUUGUUUGUUCGUAGACGGUCUAAGAUUAGUUAGCGGCUCGAAUGAUCGCAGCAUCAAAGUUCGUGAAAACUUUUGUGUAAGUGGAUCUCACGAUAAUAGUAUCAAAAUUUGGGAUCUUAAAACUGGUCAAUGUUUAAAAACGCUAUUACAUACAGGUGUGGUACGCUGUUUGCAAGCCGAUACAAGGAUUGUACUCAGUGGAUCAGAUGAUAAGACUAUAAAAGUAUGGAACAUUGAAACUGGUGAACGUCUUUGUACACUUCGAAAUCACGGCGAUGGUGUAACAUGUUUGCAGUUUAAUGAUUAUAUGAUUGUUUCGGGCUCCUAUGAUCGUUCUGUUAAAUUAUGGAAUUUUCGUCAAUGCUGA